AUGGCGGCCAGUGAUUGGAAAAUAAGUGCCGAUGAACGACUAAGAUAUGAAUCAUACUUUCAACAAUGUGGUCCGAUCCAAGGUUAUCUUACGGGUGAACAAGCAAGAGAUUUUUUUGUUAAAUCAAAUUUACCUGGAGAUAUUCUUCGAAAAAUUUGGGAUUUGGCUGAUAUAUCAGCUGACGGUCGUUUAGAUGCACGAGAAUUUAUUAUUGCAUGUCAUUUAAUAUCAUCUCAAGUUCAAAAAAAAGGAUCAUUACCAACUAUUCUUCCACCUAGUCUUCUUUCAGAUUCAGGAGUAACAACGAAUGGUAUGUCAUCUGUAACUGCAUCACCAUUAUUAACCAAUGCUCCCACUCAACCUUUACCAACAGGUCAAUUUACUGGACUUAUUUUAAAAACAACUAGCCCAAAUAAUAUUUUACUUGUACCAUUAACACCAACAAUUCGAUCGAAAUAUAUUCAACAAUUUCAUUCGAUUGUUGAUGUAACAAAAACAAAUGGAUUAAUGAGUGGUUUACAAGCAAAAACUAUUCUUCAACAAACUGGUUUAUCGAAUGCUCUACUUCAUCAAAUAUGGGAUUUAGCUGAUUAUGAUAAAGAUGGUUGUUUAACACCAGAUGAAUUUGUUGUUGCAAUGCAUUGUUGUGACAUAGCACGCACAGGUCAAGCAUUACCCAUACAAUUUCCUGAUGAAUGGUUACAAAAAAAUAUAAUACAACAUGAACGAAAAGAUUCAUCAUCGAAAUCGAAUGAUAAUCGAACAUUUGCUAGUCUUAAUCAACAACUUAAAGAAACAUUAAUUUUAACAAAUACAACUGAAAAUACAUCAGUUAAUCGUUCUAAUGAAACAACAGAAGCUGAACGAAAAAUUAUUAUGGCAACAUAUGAAGAAAAACGUUUGAGAAAUUAUGAAGAUGGAAAUCGAGAAUUAGAACGACGUCGACAAUUACUGCGUGAACAAGAGGAACGUGAACAAAAAGAACGGGAAGAACGAGAACGUAAACGUGAACUUGACAUACAAAAACAAAAAGAUGAACAAGAACGUAAAAAACAAAUGGAAAUUGACCGACAAUUAGAAAAACAACGACAAAUUGAACAACAAAAAGAAGAAGAACGAAAAAAAUUAUAUGAACAACGUGAGGCAGCACGAAAAGAAAUGGAACGUAAAAGUCGUCUUGAAUGGGAACGUCAACGUAUGCAAGAACUAUCAACACAAAAAUCUCGUUUACUUGAACAGAUCAAUGAUUUAAAAUCUCGUGAAAAAGCUUUUGAAUUUGAAUUAGAAAGUAUAGAUGAUACAACGCAAACAUGUCAAACAAAAGUCAAUCAAAUAGAAACAAAUAUACAUACAAUUGAUGAAUCAAUAGCUGAUAUACAACGAAAUAUAAUGACAGAAAAAAGUCUCUACGAUAAUGCUGAACAACAAAUAAAAGAUUUAAAAAAACAACUCAAUACUGUACAAGCAGAACGUGAAUCACUUGAUUCAUCAUUAAAUCAACUUACGCAAUCCAUAGAAUUUAGUAUGAGUAAUCGAGAAUCGGAUCAAAUUAAAUAUUUACAAACUCAACUUGAAACUAUGAAACAAGAAAAUACACAAAUAGACGAACAGAUCAUAACAAUAACUGAUCAAUGUAAAGAAUAUCAAAAUCAAAUGGAGCAACUUCGUCUUCAACUUGAUCAACUUGAGCAAGAAGCUAAAGUUAAUAUACCAUUAAACACUGUCACAUUACCAACAAAUCCACCUGCUGAAUUCGCUAAUUUUGAUCAAUUUAAUGCUAAUAUAUCUAACAAUGAUUUAAAUAAUCAAUCUUCUGAUCUAUCUUCUUCCUUAUCUGUUAUUCCACCAACUACAUCUCCUCCACCUACUGUUGAUGUUGAUCCGUUUCAAACAGUUGAUCCAUUUGCUUCUCAUGCUGAUAUAAGUUCAACAACAGCAAAUAAUGAUUGGUUUCAACCUUCAAAAGAUAAUCAUACUUCAACAGUAGCUGAUCCAUUUCUUCCGAAAAAUGAACCAACUGAAAGUUUACCUCCAAUAGCAUCACCAAGAAUAAAGAAAGCAGCACCAAAAGCAAAUCCUAAUAAUAAAAUAACAUCAAAAACAUCAUCCAAUAUUGAUCCAUGGGGAGAAUCAGCAACUACGAAUAAUAAUGGAAAUGAUUGGGCACAAUUUAAUAAUAAUUCAAGUUCACCAUUUGGUACAACAAGUGAAUGGCCAGAAACAACAAAUGUUUCUAAUGGAAACUCAGCAACUGUUCAAUAUUGUGCAUUAUAUGACUAUACACCUGAACGUCCUGAUGAAAUUUCGAUAUCAAGUGGUGAUAUAAUAAUAGUUGAUCCAAGUAAACAACAAGAUGAGCAUUGGUUAUUUGGUCAAAUUGGUAAUGAUAAACAAGGAUUUUUUCCUGCAGUUUAUGCUGAACGUAUAACACCAUCACCAUCAAGUAAUGCUGUUGAUACAACAUCACCAUUAUCAUCUGGAUCAUGGGUGAUGACGUUAGCAGAAUGUCAAGGCAAAACAGUUGAUAAACAUUUAUCAUUUCAAAAAGAUGAACUUAUUCUCGUACGAGAACAAAAAGAUGCAACAUGGUAUAGUGGUCAACUUAAUGACAAAAUUGGUUGGUUUCCACGAAAUUAUGUUCGACCAGCAACUGAGAUUGAAAUAGAAAAUAAUAAAAAUUUAACAAAGAAUACAUCAACAGAUGAAAAACCUCUGAAUUCACCAAUUUCUAAUGAUCAACCAUCAAAUGAUGUCGAUAAUGCUGAUAUAUAUGAAGCUAUUUAUUCAUAUGAAGCAACUGAUUCAUCAGAUUUAUCAUUUGAUGUUGGUGACCGUAUUAUUGUAUUAAAAUGUGAUGGUGAUUGGUGGACAGGACAAAUUGGUGAUCGUACAGGAUUAUUUCCAAAUAAUUAUGUUCAAAAAGUUAAUAAAGUACAAGAAACAGCUAUUGUAAUAACACCAUUUCAAGCUACAGAAGAACAUCAUUUAUCAUUUGAACAAGGUCAAAUUAUUUAUAUAACAAAAAAAGAUGAUAAAGGAUGGUAUGAAGGAGAAAUUCGACUUCCUGAUCAGUCAGUACGUGUUGGUUGGUUUCCUGCUAAUUGUGUACAAAUACAAGAAGCUGUUUCAUCGACAUCAUUAUCAUCGACAACUUCACAUCAAAAUACAUUAAAAUUACCUCAAUAUAUGGCUAUAUUUCCAUAUGAAGCUCAACAAGAUGAUGAAUUAAGUUUUCCGGCUGAUGCUAUUUUAGAAAUAUUACAUGAAGCAAAUACUAGUGGAUGGUUUAAAGCUCGUUUUGGUAAUCAAGUUGGCUUAAUUCCAUCAACUUAUGUACAACCAAUCGAUACACAUAAUCCAUGUAAGUAG